AUGACGCUGGGUGUGCGGAGUAAAGCAAAGGACAAGUUGGCUGUAAUGGAACGGCUUCCAAACCCGCAGCAUUAUCGUCUUUUUACGUACACCUGCGACGAAGACCUUGAUCCUAUCCUGCAAAGGCCUGAAGAUGAAAGUGGCAUACGGAGGCUGAGUGAUACUUGCAUCGAUCGGCUUUCCGAGGGGACAGGGAUCGACAUAGAUUCUUUGGAGUCAAGCACGAAGGCGAGCGCGUUCGGUGAUGAAUUUGAGAUCGACGAGCGAUGCAUGUGCGCGACGUGUGGGCUGGAAUGGGCAAAUUCAAGCGAAUACUUCGAACACUUGGCUGUCGAGCCGGAUUGCUUAGAAGAACGACGGCAGCCUGUGCCCCUCGGAAAUACCACCGAAAAAGAUAGUACUCCUGUGCCCGCA